CAGUAAGCAGACACCCCACCCACCACCACCCUGACCUGCUGUAAGUGAAACGUUGCCGGAUUGAUUCCUGCGUUCCUGAUGAGGGCUGUACACACUGUAGGGAGAAUCAGAGGAAAUAACAGAGCACAACAAACAAGAAGCGCUUAGAGAAUAACAAGAAAGCGUCGUUUUUCUUUGCUUCUGCUGCCGCUUCUGCGUUUCCGGACUACCUUCACCGGGGAGAGGAUGCUGCAUCCCCGGAAUCGCUGCCCUCCGCUCAUUAUCCGCACAGUCUCCUCAGUUACGUUUCACUGUGAUUAACGAGUGUCGGGAGUAAAAGACGACGUGCGAACAAGACAAGGAGCAGAAAUUUGGAGUGAACAUUAAGAAGGUUUUCAUUGAGCAUCCGCGAGAGAAUUUUUUUGCGCGCUGCCCGCUUCAGUCGCAUCACUGCCGACUUGUGUUAGACGCAAAGGAGAGGCAAGGCUCGAAGUGGCGGUGACACGGAUGAAAGCCGAUGGCCAGGCGCCCCGAAUUUCAUCAGAAGGGGGAUGCAACCUAGAAUAACCCCAGUGUCAAAUGGUAAGAGCGCAGCUUAUGUCGAGAAUCCGUGCACUUGCUCAGAAGUGGAGAAAAAAAACCCUGUGAGUUUCUGCAGCUCUCGUAAGGUCUGUUGAUGUGAAUUAUCCCUGCAGCUUUCCACGCAACGCAAGGCAAAGAAGACCUGAAUCUCGACACGUUACGGGGCGAGUGUAUACUGCUGCGGCUGCGGACUGAGACAGCUACACACACCGCGGUUGAGAGCAUUGCUUUCUGUCACACUUCUCUGAAGUCAGGGUGAAGGGCGCAUGCAUAGUUGGCGCAUUGUAACUAUAACGCGCCUCAGGUUUCUCCUGAGACUGUCCCUCCUCCUGACCUCUUACGCACUGGAAGCCCGGACACUGGUGACUUUUUAAUGGCUUUUGUGUUCAGAAGAUGGAGGGUCUUACUGGUGCUGAACGUGCUCGCGGUUGCCGGGUUCAUUACUUUCUGGGCCAAGUGCAACAACGCACGCAGCAUCCAGACCACCGGUCCAGAGGCCGCGGGUGAUGGGAAGAGAGCCCGGGGCAACGGGACGGCACAGGGGCCCAGCGUCAGCCAUGAGGUGCUGCUGAAAAGGCUCAGCUCUCUGGAGGACGUGGUGUACAGGCAGCUAAACGGUCUGUCCAAAUCUCUGGGCCUGAUUGAGGGCUUUGGGGGUCGGGGUAAAGGCGGCCUCCCCGCCACGCUGUCACCGGCUGAGGAGAGUGACGCUAAAUACCUUAGGGAGAAGUAUGGCUAUAAUGCCUACCUCAGUGACAGAAUUUCUCUGGAUCGCACAAUACCAGACCAUCGGCCUAGCAAGUGAGUACAAGUCAAGUGAGGAAACUUUAAAUUGCGCUUCAGAUGGUUGAGUCAUCCAAAUUUUACAUUUUUUUCUUUGCUUCUGAGAUAGCCUCCUCGAGCCUAACACAGUGGACACGGUUGACGUUUCACUUGGGGUCGUUUCAGCAUUAAAAAGAAAAUACAUGAGCAGCAUAAUUUUUCCAUAAUCAGUGUCUCAGUUGCUUUGGAUAAUGUAGAACUCCCUGAAAACAGUCCUAAUUUUUCUUUUGCUCCAGUAAAAGCUGAUGUACAUGUGGAUGUAUGAAUAAAUUCAGUCUCAGAUAACACACCUUUUAAUGUUAAUGCAGUGUUAUUUAUUUUCUAAAUAUAGCCCACACACACACGUCAGUAAUACUCAGCUAAUGAGUCUUAAAACUUAUUGCCUGCAUUAUCCAAAUGUUGUGCUUGCAUACUGAAGAUGUUGACUUUUUUGCGACCAUAUGUAAGAUUUGUUUUUCAUUUCUCCCCAGAAAAUAUUCAGUUUCACCAGAGUUUCUCUACUCUCGCAGAUCUUGUCUUAACUUCCACUGUGCCCCUCAACUCCCUUUUCAUUAUGUUAUUUCAUCUGGUGAAAUUGCAAGCUGGAAGCACUUUGAUAUUUUUAUAGCACCACCCUGCUUUGUAGGCAUUAGAUAGGUUCAUUUUCUGAUCCUUAGUCAUCUGUUAAGAGGAGCCCAGAGCUGUUGAGUGUCACCACAAGGUUCGACGACUCAUAGAUUUUAUCAACUCUGGAAAUGCCAUCAGCUGCGAACUUCAGAUGAGAAUUUUUGACCUGCCUCCAGCCUUACGACUUAAUGAGUUCUCACUAUUUUAUAGCCCAGCCCAAAUGUUUGCACAUGCUCCAGUCCUAUUUCUAAGAUCCUAAAAUAAAAAGUGACGUAUAUUUAACAACUGAAUAAAUGAUUGCUCAUUGGUUUUGUUUGUUUGUUUGAUAGCAGUAUAGCUCAAAAAGUGAAGCAUGAAUGUGCAUUAAAAUUUAAUUUAAGGGGCUGGCUUAACGUAGAAAGCAUUGACUUCUAGAGUCGGCCUGGUUCUGGAUUCUUUACCAUUGUGAGGUAGCUCAAAAUGUAAAUUUUUUUUUAUGUUUUAAAAAAAAUAAAUAACUAAAACUAUCAAAUAUCAAUAAUAAAAAUGAGAGACUUUAUCUUGAUGUUUUUAAGGCAAUAACCCAAACAAAUCUGAGUCUAGAUAUUUGUUUGAAUCCAAGGAUCCAAUUUGUUCAUCAUGGAAAGGUGUGCAUCAGAGAUAUGCUGUGUCAAACUGCUCUUUGUUGAAUAAGUGAAUUGAUAAAUGUGUGAUUUUCCCAGGAGUGCCCACACUUUUGCAUAGAGCACUGAGGUUGGCCUUGCAUUAGCUGAUUGGUAUCAGCUGUUUCAUUCAUGCUUCACAGUAACUGAGUAAUUCACAUCUGUGUGGCAAUCAGCAGACUAGUCAUGUCUAAUCAUAUCCAUGCAUGUGUAGAGCACAGCCAUUAUAAGGGGGCACAGUGGUGUAACGCAGCUCUCCCAGGCAGCCUCAUCUGUGCUCGAUAUGCUAUAGUUUUGCAUUUUUAGUUUAUCAUAGGAAAAUCCCAACCCUAUAGUAUUAGGUAGUAACAGUAUAUGCACAGAGGUGCAGAGGUUUGGGUCGAGUAUGUGCUUUGGUGGCUCUCUUAUUGUACCAGCUGCUUUUCACAGCAUACAUGAAUCCUUUGGCUCAUUUUUCCAUAUAUUUCACGUCCCCCCCCUUUUAGUCUUUAUUACUCUCCCCCAGCCUCUUAUGCUCAUAUCUGAUGAAGUUGCACUAUAAGUCUUGGUUUGACAUCGGUCAGCAGGCGUUCACGCACACAUUCACAGUGUGCUGUGUGUGCAUGUGUAGGUCAGUGCUUGGGUACAAAAUGCUUACCUCACGUUUGCACAUGGUUUUAUUUAUGUAAUGACUGCACGUUUCUAUGUGUAUGGUCUUCAUGUCUUAUCGUCAUAUACAAACAGCCGUGUGUAUUAUGUCUUCAGUAAUUCUUAGUUAAGGGUUUGUAGCUUCCAGCUAGCUGAUAGUGAAGCAAGUCACAGACCCUUUUUUGAAAAUCACUGAUGACAAGAAAGACUGGAUCCUUGGUCUAGAUGAAAUUCCAGUGCCCUCAUUUUUCUUCUAGAAGGUCUUUUAUGUUGCUUCGAUCAAUGUGGCCAGUGAAGCACGUUGGGGUGCGGCAUUUUCAGACAUAGACAGCAUGUAAGCUGGGGUCAGAGGAGUCUACUCUGUUUGACUGAAGGAGAUUGUGGAGAAGUAUGAGAGGAGCAAGAGAAACAGAAAUAG